AUGACUUCUCUUAGGUCAAUAUCUAGUAGACCGCAAUUCGCCAAGUCUGUCCAAUGCCUGUGGCUUCAGGCUGACGUGCCGACAGAAAUCGACUUUGACGAGUGGAACGAGGAGCGGGUACGAUUUGCAAACGCAGAGCGGGAUUGUAAUCAUUACGAAUCGGAAGGAGUCGUGAAGUUUUCGAAGCUACUGGUUAAGUGGAAACGUGAGCAGGACGCGGAAAAGAAACACCAAUACGGUGAAAAGCUUGAAGAUCUUCAGCGGCAAAUGAAAGAGGAUUUCGACGAACAAUCGAAAAUAAAGCUAUCCGAUGACGAUAUUCAGGCGCACUGGAAAAACUACCAGAGACUGGUGGAGGAUGUGGAUAUCAUGCUCGAGGACAGUACCAUAAAAGACAGUGUCAUUUCUCUAUUUGAGAAUUGCCCGAAGCUCGGCGGAAUUGAAUUUACGAUGGGUCACCAUAUCCGUUUAUCGACGAUCAAGCUAAACAAAGAGUUCCAGGAAGGCUUGAUCAUGCCCUUCGAGGAAGACCACCCCUAUCAGAAAACCUUCGAGACUUUUAAGGCGCUCGUUCAAACAGCUCAUCAUGCGGGCUUCGCUCCGAAACUUUUGCGACUCGGCGGCUUGUCCCACCGGAUACUUCUAGACGCCGACGUAGCACAGCACCUCGUCGACUUCUUCAAGAAUCUAGAGCUGCUGCAGUGGGACUUUGCUUGUCCGUACAUUCUCACAGGCACCAACAUACCCGACUCAGGCACCAAGUUCCCUGAGCGACCGGAUGUACAAGAGAAUGUUUUCUACGGUUCAGAGAUAAGAUAUGGCGAUGAGCCUGACGUAAACGCCCGCGAAGAAUCUGUUCAACAUGACAACAAUGAUGGGCUUGACGUUGAGAUAUACGAGUCUAACAGGAAUUAA